AGUUGUUCUUUUCAACUGGUACGUGACGCUUUGGUGAAGAUCGAUCGGUUUGGUCAGCGCGUACUUAAGCAUUUGCAAAUCGAGGAAAGAGUGAGAAGCCACACAACAAAAAAAAAAAAAAUAAUUGGUAUAAAUAAUUAAUAAAUUCUGGAUUAAAAUGUAGAACCGUGAUGUGUGAUUAUUUUUAAAAUUUAUGGAAGAUUUAUCUGCGUUUGUGCUGAUCGUGCGGUUCUUAUGUUUUAAAACUCUUCGAAGCUGUAAUUCUUCUUUGCCGUCUCAGCAGAGAUUCUUUUGUCAACUUCAGCGGCUUCAUAGGUGCUAUUCUAUGCGGAUAAAAUGGCUUUCUGCCUGAAGCAUAAAUUCCUUUUAAAUUGUUGUAAUUUUUUAUUUCUGACAUGUGGAACAUUAUUGAUUAUAUCGGGAUUUUAUUUGUUCACGGAUACAAAACGAAUAUUGCUUUCUCGUUUAUUAGCUGCCACGAGUGAUCAACUCAACAAUUUGCCACAACCAUUAUUCUACUAUAUCUCAAUAGGUCUAGCUGUAGCAGGUCUAAUAGCUGUACUCGCUGCCAUAAUGGGUUUUUGGGCCUCUUGCUUGAACACUUAUUGCUGUUUGAGUUUAUAUUUUCUUGCCGUAGUAGUUCUUCUACUUGCUGAAUCGGUUGCUUGCUUAGCCAUCACCCUCUGGCCACAUUGUCUUGGAAUUAGUUUGGAUGAAUCAAAAAUGGUAAAAGCAUUACAAGGCAAUUAUGGUGUGCCUGGUAAAGAGCAAUUUACAAUUGCUAUGGAUUUAGCACAAACACGUUUCGGUUGUUGUGGCAUGAACAGUGAAAUAAAUUAUGAUACAUCCAUGUGGAGAUUACAGGGUUAUGGUCAACGUGAUUGGGCCGUACCUUUAACAUGUUGUGUACUACAAAAUUCGGCUGAUAAACUUUCAUAUUUGGAUCCGAAACCAGCAAAUGAAACACAAUGCCAAAUGUUGCAAAAAUCAGAAUAUGAACGCUUUCGUUACACUGAUACCUGUCUUAACUAUUUGGACAACUGGUAUAGAGAGCAAUAUGUAGUAUUUUUAGGAGCCAGUCUAAUUAUAGCAGUAAUCGAGUUCUGUGUUUUAUUAUGUAUUAUAUUAAAUUGUACAAAAAUUACUAGAAAGAGCGUUGAAGUUGAUAGUUUUCUGGAGAUGCGUACACGUACAAAAUCUCGACAAGGUUUAGUUGAAAAUGUUUAUGAACCAGAAUUUGAUAUGAGUACACCACGUAUAUUGGCUGCAAGACCCAGUCAAAUAUUAACAGAAGAUUUCAAAGAGGUGUAUAUACAACCACGUGAUCUAUACAAGCAACGUCAUAAUACAACGUUUAAACCCAGCUCAAGUGAUUAUAAUCUACCAACCAGAAGCUAUUUAGUUUAAGCAAGAAAUAUAGUGAGGAUAUAUAUAUGUAUAUUCUUAUAAGAUUUAUUAUUUAUUAAGCUAUAUGUUAAGUUCAUUUUUUAUAUACAAUAAACCAAAGUAU